AUGCUAGGGGUUGUUACUUUGUUGUACAGUCUGGACUAUUUGCCCGGGACUUUGACCUUAGCGUACCAGCUAAGGAAGUUUAUGACGGAGGGUUCGAAGGAUAAGGAAUUAUGUUUAGUUCUUUCGAGCGAAUUGUUGGACGAGGGCCAGCUCAGUGAGUCGGCUGUUAAGGUUUUAGGUGAGUUGUUUGAUACGAUUAUCGAGGUGGAGCCCGUUGAUUUGACGGAUCCUAUAGUGAAACAGAACCAGGCGAAUCUCAUGAUGUUGAAUAACCGUUCUGAAUUGGCGUUUACGUUUAUGAAGUUGCACAUGUGGGAGUUGACGCAGUACGAGAAGAUCUUGUAUCUUGACAGCGAUGUGUUGCCUCUUGACUCGGACAUAUUCCGAAUCUUUGAUCAUGUGACGAACCAGACGAGUGACCAGAUUGCAGCAGUACCCGACUGCGGGUGGCCAGAUUUGUUCAACAGCGGUGUAAUGGUCGUGAAGCCUGACAAGGGGAAGUAUGAGGAGUUGCACGACUUGGCUAAGCGGGAGUUGUCGAUCGAUGGUGCAGAUCAGGGGAUUUUGAACCAGUUUUUCAAUCCGAUGUGCCACGAUGGUGACAAGCUGACGGAAUGGAUCAGACUCCCCUUUUUCUACAACGUGACGUCGCCUGGUGCUGGUUACCAGUAUACUCCUGCCCUCAAGUUCUUCGCAAACAAGUUGAAAUUGGUUCAUUUCAUCGGUAAAAACAAGCCCUGGAACUACUCCCAACAUGGUGGCAGGUACAACGACAAAUAUAGAAAUCAAUGGUGGGCCCUAUACAUGGAAUUGUGCCAGAGGUACUUCCAAUCCGAUCUGGACAUCGAUAUCGACAAUCUUUGUCGCCAUACUGCAAACCUCGGUGUUUCGGGUGCUGCUUCUCAGGCAGAUUACCCAGAAGACACAAAGCCAGCGUGGGACCCAGCUACAGAAGCCCCACCAAAGGAUCUACCUGCAGAAGCUCCUAAUUUGAAGAUUGUAAACUCGUACUCCUGGGAGGAAGAGUUGGUUGUGGUCCCUGACGAGGAAGCAGAAGGUCCUGCGUUGGCGCCAGACGAUAUAGAGGACUCCCUACCUCGAUCCCAACGUGAACCCUUGGUCGAACCUAUGGUGAAUGUUGGUAGCGAUGGAGACAUGGAGACUGAGACUGAGACUGAAUUGGAACUAGGCUCAAGAACAGAGUCGUCGUCGUCCAACCGGGCCUCAGAACCAAAACCCUCCGCUGCACCACCUCGCCCAGACCAGUAUGUCCCACCAAGGUACGAAAAACCAAAACCAAUCUUUCCCUGGGAAUCAGAUACCGAGUACAAAGCAACGCGUGUAUUCCCUGGAGACGAAUGA